UGUUUACUUCAUCACCAGCUGAUUCCGCCGAGUUUAAAUGAGUACAAAGUGAGUUAGCCGCUCACUGUGUGCUCCUCUCUGCCUCGUUUCCUCUCUUAUCUCCCCUUUUCACACAAAGUGGAACCAUUACAUCAAGGGAGAGCCAUGGAAUGUGAAGAGAAGUCACAUCCACGUCGUCCUCAGUGUCCUCAUGGAUCAGCAAUGCAGGGCAGGAGAAAUGUGGACGUGAACAGAGAGGAGUGCACCAAUGAGAAGGCUCAGCUAACGGUGGUGAUGAAGUCCAAACCGAGGAUGUCGAUCAAGUUCUCCUCGUGUUUCUGUGAGGACAGCGAAGCCAGCGACUCCGACUCUGUUCACGCAAAAGUGGAGGCCUCACAAAAGGACAUGCAGCGUGGAAAAGACAAAGGGACUGCUGCAGCAUCAACACAGAUGCUGAGCACAAAGCCCAAGGCCAGGACGCUGGUAGAACGCAGGCAGCGGGUUGAUGGAGAUGAGACGGCCUCUCUCAGGGACCAAUCUCCUCUGCCAUUGCUUACACUAACAGGGACGAUAAGCACUGAGCCCAAAAAGACCUCCGCACCUCAGGCCAAAGCUUCAGUAUCAGCAGCUCGACAGGAUGAAGCCCCGACACAGAGCAGGAAGCCUUCAGUCACCAGCAGAGAGGGGAAGAAAAGCCAGUACCACAAAGAUCUGAGGCUGCAGGUGGAGGAGAGGAAGCAACAGAUGGAGAGGGAGAGAAGAAGAAACACUGCUGAUGAACAAAAGCACAAUGACACCAUGCUGCACUCGAUGUGGGGGAUGCCAGGGAGCGGGGCGCCAAACUUCCACCUGGGCACGAUGAGAAGGACCAUGAGCCUCCACAGGGACGGGAUUUUACCCCUGGAGCAGGUCCGUGAUAGAGGCUUCUAUGGGACCCCCUUCCACCGCCUGUGAAACCAAGGCCAACACAUCCCCAAACGGAGACGACAGAGAGCCACAGAGCACUCAGGGAAACACUCCUCUCUGACUUUUCUCCUCUUGUAACUUUGUCUUUUGCAGCCAUCAGGAUGUUUGGGCUUCUUCAGCAGCGGCUUCUGAUGGUUGUAAAUAAAUACAGAAUAAAUCAAAAGCAGUAAGAGCAGACUGAUCAAGAGUAUGAACAGCUUGAGGACACAUAAGUGAGGGCUCUCUUCUAGAAAGCUGCUAGGUGAUGGAUGAACAGGUGUCUGUAAGAGUGGUAACACUCAAGCAGAAGAGCAGGUUGUGAUGGGCCUAGUUCCAAACACACUGGAUCCCACAAAUCCCAUAAUGCAGCUCAACAAGAACUCUCAUUUGGCCUUCUGUACUCUUAGAAAUCCCACUCCCUUUUUUCAAACUACCUCCUAGGGGUUAGCAGACUUUCUGCAAAAAGCAUGCUCAGUCUUAAACCUUCAUUGCAUAACAUUUGUCUCCCCCAUCUGGCAGAAAUAUAAAUUACACAAAUGCCA